AUGCUCUCGGCUAAGCUAAUGCGCGAUCGGAUAGCCAGCCUUGAGAGAGCUAAUAUAGCAGUAUCAGAGCGUAGGAAACGUAAGAAGAAGCGGAUACAGAAGCGUGGAGCUCUUACAAAGGGAGUCGGCGAGGAUAUAAUUGCUCAACGCGAGGCUGAUGAGCAAAUUGCUUAUGAGGAGCGUCAAGGAGGGGAGCGAUCAGGUGUUAGCCGCCAGGCUCUGGCGCGGUGUAGUAGGUGUAGAGAGACUGGCCAUAAUUCGCGUACAUGUAAGAAAGAUACUUUAGAUAGUGUUUAA